UUGCUUUAAAUAAAAUUUUAAAAAAGAACUCCAUUUUUCCUGUACUUUAUUCGCUGCGUACGGCAACACUGUAUAAAUCGACUGUUUUGUUAUUGCGCAACUCGCUGUGCGGAGGGGUAAAAAUAAAAUAAAAAGGAAAUUCAAAAUGCAAAAUCCAAUUCAAAGGUUAGCCUACACGUUCGGUCAGCGUGCCUAUUCCCAAUUGCCACUGCUCUGCGCUGCCGGUGCAAGAACAACAGAAAUAACAAUUAAAAUGCCGAUGGCAAAUUCCACGCGCCUCUCCUCAUCCUCCGUGCUGGCCACGGAAUCAUCCAACAAGGGCAUGAUCAUUAUAAACAGGCCACAGGCCUUGAAUGCCAUCAAUCUUGAGAUGGUGCGCAAGAUAUACAAGCAUCUGAAAAAAUGUGAAAAGUCGAAAUCGCUGAUGAUUAUAAAAGGUACUGGUGAUAAAGCCUUCUGUGCGGGCGGCGAUGUGCGUGCGCUGGUUGAUGCCGGCCCCACGGAUGAGUCAAAGAGCUUCUUCCGAGAGGAGUAUACAGCCAAUGCAUUGAUAGGCAACUACAAGAUACCCUACAUUGCCCUUAUCGAUGGCAUUACCAUGGGCGGCGGCGUUGGACUCAGCGUCCAUGGAAAAUAUCGUGUGGCUACCGAUCGUACGUUGUUCGCCAUGCCCGAGACGGCCAUUGGACUAUUUCCGGAUGUGGGCGGUUCAUACUUCUUGCCACGCCUACAGGGAAAACUUGGCUUGUAUUUGGGCCUGACAGGUCAUCGAUUGCGUGGCGCCGAUGUCUAUUAUGCGGGCAUUGCCACACAUUACUGUGAGAGCAGCAAAAUAGCCGAACUGGAACAAGCACUGCUCAACUGCCCGGACGCCGAUGAUGUGCCUGACAUACUGAAAAAGUUCCACUGCCAGCCGGAGAAACCAUUCUCCUUACAGCCCGUGCUGGAGCAGAUUAACAAGCACUUUUCGGCCAGCUCCGUAGAGGGAAUACUUGAGAGUCUGCAGAACGAUGACAGCGAUUGGGCGAAGAAACAGUUGGAGAUCCUUUGCAAAGUGUCGCCCACAUCCCUGAAGGUAACCUUUCGCCAGCUGGAGCUUGGCGCACAGAUGUCGCUGGCCCAAUGCUUGAUCAUGGAAUAUCGCCUAGCUGUGCGCCAUUUGGAACCGCGCGCUGACUUCAAGGAGGGUGUUCGCGCACUGCUCAUCGACAAGGAUCAGCAGCCCAAAUGGCAACCAGCCACGCUGGCCGAGGUCACCGAGGAGCAUUUGCAAUGGUUCUUCAACAAACUGCCCGACACCGAGGAGCUCAAAUUGUAAUGUAGCUGCAGCUUGCGUAGUUUAUAGCCCGCAAAUUCGUUUCUGCUUCAGUUAUCCUUCGUCUUCCUGUUAUCCUGCACCAUUCUACAAAGCCAAUGCUUAAACAUUUCCAAUUUUUAUCACCAUUCAGUUGAGCAUGCAUUUUUUAUCUGCCUGAUAUCUUUUGCAAGAUGUUUACAGCGAAUCCUGCUAAAACUCUGAAAUCUCUUUUAUCUUUAUUCCAAACAGCGACUAAAUCAUGGCCAACAUGUAUUUACCCUUCUAACGAGCGUGAAAUUUGAUGCAUUUAUAUUUUAUAUAUAUAUAUAUAUAUUUUAUAUACAGCUUAUGUAAACUUUUAAAUAACAAACACUUUUUGUGCCUAAAGAAUCAGUAGCAAUCGAUUAACAGUAAAUAAAUUGUAGAAUGUAUAUAUAU